UUCAUCACCUAGGGGUUGUGCUGGGAAUUUCCAUAUUUUUUGGUCCGCUUAUUUACAAGUACCUUAACAGGCCUACUGUAGAUAAAGCGGUCUUUUCACGGGGAGCACCAAGAGUCAACUUUGAAGAACUCCAGAAGAAAUUGGAUGCUCAAUGGAAGUAAUCAAGAAGUCUCGCUCUCGAUUAAGGCGCUAUCCGCAGCUGCUCAUUGAGUGUCGCCCAGAAGGCAGUGCAUAUGCCAAUUGUGUAGCCCAAGAAGGUCACAUGCAGAAAGGAAGUUGUCAAGUAGAGUUUGAAAAAUUCAAGCAAUGUCUUGUUAAAGCAGCAGCCAAACUUGGAACUCGAAUGUAGGUUUGAUGUUUGGCUGCAAUGUGCUGACAUAAUUUAAAAGAUUAGAAUUAAUGUAGAACAAAACUAUUAAUAAAUAAGCUCUAAGUAACCAAAA